GCGACGCCCUGGCGAUUCAUACAGCAUUGCCAGGGCCCGUCAUCUCGUGCGUGCUCUGGGAACUGCCACGUCAGUCAGCCACUAUGUGACGUGUCAAGGUGUCACAUGCAGCUCUCAAGAUCUGGUGGUUUGACUGUGCCUGAACGAAAUCUCAUUUCUGGUCAGGUCUCCCAGACGCGCCUGCUUUUCAGGGCCCCACAUUACCGCUUUCAACCGCCACACAUCCAGCUUUUACCCUAUCUUCUCCCAUCAGUCAAUCGUUUCGGAACCCACAGCCGCCAGCACGAACCCUA